AUGGUGAAGUCGUAUUUAAAAUUCGACCAUUCCAAGACCUUUGGUCUCGUCACCUCGGCCUCGUCUAAUGCGAUAUGGACUCGAGACGAAGAUGUUGCCAGCACUGAGCGUCACACAGGUGCUGGGAGGGCGAUUGUCGGCGCCAACGAAGAAGUCCUCUGCUGGGAUGUCAAGAAAGGUGAAUUGCUGAGCCAAUGGCGAGACGCCUCUUGCAAGGCCCAAGUAACUGCGAUCACGCAGAGCAAGGCCGACGAAGAUGUCUUUGCAGUUGGGUACGACGAUGGCAGUAUCCGCCUUUGGGAUUCGAGAAUCGCUACCGUCAUUAUUUCCUUCAACGGCCACAAAAGCGCCAUCACGCAGCUCGCUUUCGAUCAGUCCGGUGUCCGACUGGCUAGCGGCUCGAGAGAUACAGACAUUAUCGUAUGGGACCUCAUUUCCGAAGUCGGCCUAUACAAACUUCGUGGGCAUACGGAUCUGAUCACAUCGCUGAAUUUCCUGUCUCCAGCGGAAGAGGUUGGUUCCGAUCAAAGUGAUGUUGGUGGCUUCUUGCUAUCUACCGGCAAGGAUGCUUUGAUCAAAAUCUGGGAUCUUUCCUCCAAGCAUUGCAUCGAAACACAUGUCGCUCAGAGUAACGGAGAGUGCUGGAGCUUAGGACUUUCACCCGAUCACAGUGGAUGCAUAACUGGUGGAAACGACGGAGAAUUAAAAGUUUGGUCUAUCGACGAACGGGCGAUGAGGGAAGUGGCUAGAGAAAAGGAGGGUUAUGAAAACAAGAAAAUUCUCACUGAACAAGGAACGCUCUAUCGACAGGGCAAAGAUCGAACCAUUGGUAUCACAUUUCAUCCUCGAGCCGACUACGUUGGUAUUCAUGGGUCAGAAAAGGCUGUUGAGAUUUGGCGGAUUCGGUCUUCAACAGAGGUUCAGAAGAGCCUCGCGAGAAAGCGAAGAAGGAGGAAAGAGAAAGAAGCCGCAGAGGAAGGAAAUCCGGAUGAUAAAAACGACGAAAACUCCUCUCCACCGAUCUCGGAAGUCUUUGUUCCGCAUGUGAUUGUUCGAACCGGUGGCAAGUUGAAAUCGUUCUCUUGGAUGACUACGAAAUCUACCGGCAAAUUGCAGAUCCUUACGGCAGCUACGAACAACGAGCUCGAGACAUACAGCAUUGUUGCAUCUGGAAAACAACGGGCCAAAGAUAGUGAGGAGACGGAAUACAGUCGAGUUCUGUCUGUGGAUAUCCCUGGUCACCGAACCGAUAUACGAUCUCUCGCGCUUAGCUCAGACGACAGAAUGCUGGCAUCAGCAUCCAACGGCUCCCUGAAAGUCUGGAAUGUACGGACGUCAACUUGUCUUAGAACACUCGAUUGUGGCUACUCUUUAUGCUCUUCUUUCCUUCCUGGUGACAAAAUUGUGGUUGUCGGAAACAAAAAUGGCGAGCUGGAGGUGUUUGAUAUUGCUUCCUCAACCCUUCUCGAUACAAUUAAAGCUCAUGACGGGCCUGUUUGGACACUGCAAGUUCAUCCAGAUGGCAAAUCUAUGGUGACUGGCAGUGCAGAUAAAACAGCCAAGUUCUGGGACUUUCAGGUCGUGCAAGAGGAGAUUCCUGGUACGAAACGUACCACCCCGAAGCUGAAACUUGUUCACACCCGGACCUUGAAGGUUUCAGACGAUAUAUUGAGUGUGCGAUUCUCUCCCGAUUCCCGACUUCUUGCCGUCGCAUUACUCGACAACACUGUCAAGGUCUUCUUCGUUGAUAGCUUGAAGCUAUUUUUGAAUCUCUAUGGGCACAAACUGCCCGUUUUGAGUAUGGAUAUCUCCUAUGAUAGCAAGUUGAUUGUGACAUGCUCUGCGGACAAAAACAUUCGUCUCUGGGGUUUGGAUUUUGGAGACAGCCACAAGGCCUUCUUUGCCCAUCAAGAUAGCAUUAUGUCUGUGGCCUUUGUGCCUACGAAUAACGAAGGAAAUGGCCACAACUUUUUCAGUGCGAGCAAAGACCGGGGCAUCAAGUACUGGGAUGGAGACAAAUUUCAACAAAUUCAAAGGCUAGACGGUCAUUUCGGAGAGAUUUGGGCUCUUGCUAUGAGCCGUUCCGGCGAAUUCCUGAUUAGCGCUAGUCACGACAAGAGCAUUCGUAUCUGGCAGCAAACCGACGAACCAGUCUUUCUGGAAGAAGAGCGUGAAAAGGAGUUGGAAGAGCUUUACGAAAACACUCUCACCACAUCGCUUGAGGAUGACGAGAAUGGAGAAGAAAAGGCAGAGGCAGUCGAUGCAGGAAAGCAGACUGUCGUCACCCUCAUGGCCGGUGAGCGUAUUAUUGAAGCUCUUGACUUGGGCAUGGAGGACUUGGAAACCGUGCGACAGUGGAAAGCAGUCAAAGCCAAGAAUCCCAACGCGGCGCCACCGCAGCGAAAUCCUCUCUACAUGGCUCUCGGUAAUGUUUCGGCUGAGCGACACCUCCUCAACGUGGUACAAAAGAUCCCAGCUGCCUCGAUGCAGGAUGCUUUACUCGUCCUCCCGUUUUCGAAACUGGAUUCUCUCUUCACCUUUCUUGAAAUCUGGGCGAGUCGCCAGUGGGAAGUUCCAUUGACAUGUCGCGUUCUUUUUUUCAUGCUCAAGACACACCACCGCCAAAUCGUCUCUAGCAAGAUGAUGCGGCCAAUGCUGGACCGAAUUCGAUCAACACUCCGGGAGGUCCUGGCCAAACAAAAGGAUGAGAUGGGUUUCAAUAUUGCAGCCUUGCAGUUUAUUGGAACACAGGUCCGUGAACAAGGAAACAAAAGCUACGUCGAUGUGGAUACUUGGGAGGAGCAGCAGGUCUCAAAGACUUCUUCGGGCAUUAAGAGGUCUUUUGUAAACAUUGCUUGA